AUAAACAAGCUACUAUUGUGAUUAGGCAGGAAUUAAAAAAAGAACAUAAAGAAAUAAAUACACCGAACCGCUGGAAAGCCGCUAUGAACUGUACUUUUGAGCGAGAGGUCGGAUUUAUCAACAGCGAGCCUUCUUUAGCGGAAUGCCUCACAUCCUUUCCUCGUCUGGGCGACACAUUUCAAAGUUCAUCAAUCAAGCAGUCAUCGCUUGCAGAUUCAACACUGAUUCGCCAUCCCUCUGAACGAGGCAUUGCUGCUCAGAACUCUGGAAACUCAUAUCAAAGGGAAAGAGACCAAACUUCGCAAGAUGCUGAGAGAGGCGGUUUGGAUGGCAUACCCGUGGAAUAUGCCUGGAUGAAAGAGAAGAAAGCGCAUAAAAGAAAAGCAAACUCAACGACGGGGACUCUGUCCUCUGCAUCUUCAAAUGAAGACAAUGAAGACUACGCGGACAGCUACACAUGCUGUAGCCCCAUCGAUGGUUCACGACGACUAAGAACAACCUACACGAAUACUCAGCUGCUGGAAUUAGAGAAAGAGUUUCAUUAUAACAGAUACCUGUGUAGACCACGCCGAAUUGAAAUCGCGGCUUUGUUAGAUUUAACAGAGAGGCAAGUGAAAGUCUGGUUUCAGAACAGGCGCAUGAAGCAUAAAAGACAGUCGAGAUUUAAACAAGGGAAAGUAUUCGAGGAAAAACAUUCUUUUGAAAACAAUGUCGAUGAUCAGCAGAUGAUUGGGAGUCCUCGGAAUAUGCUGAAUCAAGACUGCGGAGAAAACAGAAGAAGGGAAUUCGCCAACAACGAAGAAGAACUGAAUGUUCCGGGUCCUUUUUCAGAAAGUUCAAAUCAUGAAGAGUUGCAGAUGACAAACGAAACCGAUUUUUCACUUAAUAACCUGAAGAAUUAUCCAUCUGCUACUGACAGUCCUGAAAGUUUUAUUAUGACCACUAUAGAUGAUUUGGACUCACUUUCUAUUGAACCUUUGACUAUAAAUCCACCAAAACUAUCGGUGUUUGACAAUGACCAAGAAGGCGUUCCUUGCGACACCUUUAAUUUUUUGGUUGAAAGUAUUUGCACCUCGGAAUUCCAUCAACUAUCGUUUUAAGGUUUCGAUAGAUUGUUUUGUUGUACUUAAUCCGAGUUACAUAGCAAAUUCACCAUUGUUAAAUUACUUCUCAUUCAUGUUCAAGUGACCCUUACAAAUGCACAGCCUAUAAGGAAACAGUGUCUAUAUGCACACUUUAAGUAAUAAUUUAACCUUGGCGAGUUUGCUGUGUAUUACCAUUCUUGUUGCUAUCUUUCUUGUUGUACAGUGUUUCAGAAAUAAAUACUAAAGACUGUAA